AGUAACGUAGAGGAAGUUAAGCCAACAAAUUCUUUUAAACUGAACUCAAAACGUGACGACUGCUUCUCAGCUUUAUUUCAGAAAACGCAUUUUUCUUUUUUACCAACUUUUUGAUAUCUUUUGAGAGCAGAACCAUGAUGGAGGAAGACCAACAGAAGACUCUGUACGUUGGGAACCUAUCACGGGACGUUACAGAUGCGCUCAUCCUGCAAGUCUUCACCCAGAUCGGCCCGUGCAAGAGCUGCAAAAUGAUAGUAGAUGCUGCUGGGAAUGACCCUUACUGUUUUGUGGAGUUCUAUGAGCAUGGCCACGCUGCUGCUGCUCUUGCUGCUAUGAACGGGAGGAAAAUCUUGGGAAAGGACAUGAAGGUCAACUGGGCAUCAACACCUAGCAGCCAGAAGAAGGACACCAGCAGUAAUUUCAUGAGAAGUUCUGCAAAUUCUUUUCUAGAUCAUUUCCACGUGUUUGUGGGUGACUUGAGUCCUGAGAUUAACACCGAUGAUGUCCGCGCUGCUUUCGCUCCUUUCGGGAAGAUCUCGGAUGCACGCGUGGUGAAGGACUUGGCAACAGGGAAGUCUAAGGGUUACGGCUUCAUAUCCUUCAUCAACAAAUGGGACGCUGAGAAUGCCAUUCAACAGAUGAAUGGCCAAUGGCUUGGAGGAAGGCAGAUCAGAACCAACUGGGCCACUAGAAAGCCACCUGCCCCCAAAUCCAACCACGACAGCAGUGCCAAACACUUGUCGUAUGAAGACGUCCUGAGUCAGUCGAGCCCCAGUAACUGUACUGUCUACUGUGGAGGAGUGACCUCCGGCCUCUCUGACCAUCUGAUGAGACAGACCUUCUCUCCAUUUGGCCAAAUCAUGGAAAUCAGGGUUUUCCCGGAUAAAGGUUACUCCUUCAUCAGGUUUGACUCUCACGAGGCUGCUGCCCAUGCUAUCGUGUCUGUUAACGGCACCAGUGUGGAGGGACAUCCAGUCAAGUGUUACUGGGGAAAAGAGACUGCAGACAUGAGAUCCAUGCAGCAGAUGCAGUUCCCUCAGCAAAACAAGCCGAGUUAUCCGGCCCAGCCGUACGGCCAGUGGGGCCAGUCCUACGGCAACGGGCAGCAGAUCGGGCAGUACCCAAUGGCCAACGGCUGGCAGAUGCCCACCUACGGCGUCUAUGGGCAGACCUGGAAUCAGCAGGGGUAUAAAUAGGCACCCACCACAGAGCAGUCUUUUCUCAUCUCCACCUGCUUUUUUCUCUCUCUCUCUCUCUCUCUCUCUCUCUCACGCCCCCCC